AUGAAUGAUAAAGUAUGGGAAGAAUUAAGAACAAUAUGGGAAGAACUAAUAGUGGAACUAAAGAAAAGUGAGGGGAAUGCAAUAAAGAAGUUGUGUGAAAGUGAUCCCGAGGGGGAAGUUAAAAUUAUUCCUUGGCACAAACCAAUAUGUAAAACAUUAAUGAAAGUAUUUCUCUAUAUGAAUGGAAUAAAGGAAAAUAAGAAAGGUGGGUGGGAAGAGGGGAAGUUGGAAGAAGGAAAAUCUUCUAUGAUGUGUAUAAUAGGGACUGUGGCCAUGUUCAAAUUAUUUAACGAACACUGUUGGUUUAAAGAUUAUAUGGAAUAUGCACCCAGGAGAAUAGCAAAAUUAAGGGAAGAGGAAGGAAUUAAUCAGGGGUAUGGGAAAUGUGCAUGGCUGGACUUUGAUUCUCUGAAAAUAGGGACAGAACUGUUCGGAGGAACAAUAGUAGAGUGGAUUAAGAAGGAACCCCCCGUAAUUGCGGAACAUGGAAAUUUGGAACAAACGAAAGGAAAAGACUGGUGUCGAAACCAGAAGGUGCCAAAAAAAGGGAGGAGAGGGAAAAACGAAAAUAGAGAAAAGCAGGAGUGGAUGGAGAAAGAGGUAGUUGAGUUACAGGGAAUAAUGAAAGAGGAGAAGUACUUAUCGGAAGUGAUGGCGAAAGUACUUAUGGAAGAAAUGAGUAGGGAUGGAAAUAUGAAUGAAAUAAUGAGAAAAUUGAAGGAGCGCUUGAACCGUGAAAUACAAGGAAAGAAAGGAGGAACAAGGGUACAGACUAAGGGGACAGGGCCCGCACCCCCCAACUCGUCCGGUGGAUCUAAAUGUGACAAAAUAAAGAUUGACGGUGUUUCGGAGGAGGAACUAGGUAUAGGAUAA